CACCUGCAGGGUGACAGAGCGGGGGCAGGAAGGCGCAGCGGUCACGGGUGGGAGCUCAGCGCCUCGGCAGGAAGUGGGGGGGCACGGGGCGGCAUUUUGGGUAGCGGGGGUGAGGGGGGUGCAGCGCUCGGCCCCCCCCGCUCUGGCACAUCCGCUGCGCGGGGCAGGAAGUCGCGGGGGGGGCUCCCCCAUCUCGGAGCGUGCCCGCGGCAUCGGGACCCGCUCUGGCUGCACCCAGUGAUGGCUGCCCCGCGCUGGCACCCGCUGCUGCUGCUGCUGGCGCUGGCGGGCCCGGCGGCGGCCGGGGAGCCCGCGGUGGCCCGCAGUGACCGGGCGGUGGCCGCGCUGCUGGCGCUGCUGCUGUGCCUGGCGGUGGGGCUGGCGCUGGCCUGGCACCACCUGUGCCGCAUCUCCGCCGGCCGGUACCACCCGCGGCCCCUGGGCCGCCGGGCGCUGCAGCUGCUGCGGGGACGGUGGCACCGGCUGCGCGCACCGGGGGACCCCGCCGCGGCCCUCGGGGACGGCGACGGGGAGGUGGCCGUGCGGGACGACCAGGAAGAGCUGAUGCCAUGGAGCCUGGAGCGGCGGCCGCAGCAGGAGGAGGAGGAGGAUGAGCAGGAGGAGGAUGAGGAGGAGGAGGAUGAGGAGGAGGAGGCCGAAGCAGCGCCGGAGGGCGGGGAGAGCCCCCUGAGUGAGGGGCAGGCGGCGGGGGGCAGCGCCGAGGCCCUGCUCAGUGACCUGCACGCCUUCUCGGGGACAGCGGCCUGGGGGGACGCGCGGCCACACGUCACCGCCCUGUGA